CAUACCUGCUUGUAUCAUACCUUAGUGGUAUUCCGUUAUUUCUCACAAUUUAUUAUUCCAUUACUGAAUACAAUAUUUUCUUGCUUUUCAACUUUAUUAGCGAACAAUUUAUUUAGUCGUAAUGUCUAUCGCAUUAUUAUUUAUUUGAAUGUAUCCACAUUCGUUUCAUUGAGUCCAGCGUUUAGUAAAACUCGGGAGAAGUAUCGGCGAGCCCAAAAUACACCUCCCCAACAAUCCUAACCUCGAAAUUCAAACGGAGUACUGCGAUUUUCAAGAUACCAUUGUUUGUUUUCGGUUAUCGUAUCUUUAGUGCUUCAUGAUUGUUUUGGAUAUUAAUUAUGAACUUCCAUUCUUGCAUAAAGAUUCCAUUAGCAAAGCAAUGUAUAUCGCCAGAAAAAAAUUCCAACGGAAUUCUUAAAGACUCGCAUACUGGGACGUAUAAUGAAUUAGUUGCCAUCGCUAAUGAAGUAUUUGGACAGGGAAAUUGGAGUCAUGCAAUCACAAGCCAAACAGUAGAUUUUGUGGAAUAUGUUCUGGGAAAGUAUCAAAUUGGAUGCGCCGCCUUUGUCAGAGUGCAAUUGGCUGAUGGAACGUUUCAUGAGGAGCUCGGUUAUAGUAAUGCUGAGUCGUCGACGAAAGGCUCGGCUAUUUAUACAGCACGGGUGUCUUCAAUAACUCAUGGAUUGAAAAAAGCUCUCAUCUGCUUCGGUGGUAUUAUUGAGGAUAAAAUAAGCAAGAUUAUUGGAAAGAAGCACAGGCAAAAACUUAAAACUUGUGAUACCCCAUUGUCCACUGAUAAUCAAAUUGUUGAUAAGCCAGAAGUUAAGGCAACUUCAUCGACUAUUGCUGUGAAACGACCGAAAAGUCCUACUGAAUCGACUGAUGAUUCAGAAGUUAAUGCCAAACCUAAGGAAGACUUGAAUGAGCCACCAGCUAAGAGGCUAAGUUUAGAAACUCAACCAACUACGAAUGAUAAACCUCUAAUACUAAUUGAUGGCCGCUCAGUUACGCCAUUUGCCAACAUCCUCAUUACUCCAUCAGCUACUAAUAAAAUUGGUAAAUCAGCAGUUGAAACUGGGCAAAGUUUGAAAUCAACUUCCACUGUUGAAAAAUGAUUUACAUUUUAUAGAAAGUACUGUCCACCGUUAGCUAUUGCUUUGCUAUCGUUUUUGCGGAAAGAACGGAUUUCGCCACGAAAGAAGUUUCAGUUUCGCGGUGCCAUUCAAUUGUCGACCAAUUUUGCGAUAUCUUCAUAAAACCAAGUGGCAUCGACGUGAACAAAAGAUAAUCAGAAGACACCAUGUCCGUGUUAGCAACAUGUAGACGAACAUUGUCAUAGAAAAAAAUCUCUUUUUUGCCAGUAAUUUCACAUCGAGCAUGUUUGCCGUGAACUUUCAUCAGUAAACUAUGACGGUUCACUAGAGAUUCUCCCGAAUUGUAGUAAAAAUGUAGUGUUGCUGAAGUUUUGU